UUUGAGCAAACUAUAAAUAACUCAAUUCACAUUUCUUUCACCUUCUUCGAGAAACAUCUUUGGAUUAUUGGCCAAGCAAAUCGAAGUAACAAUGGGUUGGGUUUGGACCGACGACGAUUCCAAGCAUUCCGGCGCUGAUGAUUUCAGCGUCUUCAAGGAUUUUGAAAACCCUAAAUCAUCCUCCGGCAGCGACGGAAACGGCGGUGAACGGUGCGCCACCAGGAAGGUUGUGAACACUCGAUGCCGAACUGAGGAGACCGAGCCUGGAAAGUUCAUCCGUAAGUGCGAAAAAACUGAACAGAUUUUCAAGGACUGCGUUGGAAGGCCUUCUGAGAUGGUAGAGUCUAAUAAAGAAUACACCGAGGAAGAUGUCACGGACCAGAUGACUAAAGGUUCAUAUUCUAUAGAGUCAAGUGUGCCUUUUGACUUCCCUGGGAUGCGCAGUGAUAUUGAGAAUAUUGAGCGAAGCUUCUUCGGUGGCCUUGAUCGUUUCUUUGAAGCAGCCGUGGAGAUGAAGAAUGGCUUCUUUGGUGCAUUCAGCAUUCCUCGUGUCUUUGAUGAUGACCUAUCAUCCUCACGUGAGAGACGUGGUAUACCCAUCGAAUCUCAUCCUCCUAAAGAAGGUUCCCCUAAACCAAACAAUUCCGAUGGAGAGGUGGAUCUAUCUGGCUUGGCUAGAGAUGUUUGAAGCAAUCAAGUAGGAGAUCGUCUCCAGGCAUAUCAGUCACGAAUGAGAGAUAUGUGAAUAUGUUGCUAUUAUGUUUACGCACAUCUUAGAUUUUGCUUUUCUUUCUUUAUUUUCUUUCUGUUCUGAAUCUCUUGUUUUACUACUACUCAUAAAGGUUCUAAUUUCUGACUUUAUUUA